AUGAUUAAAAUAAUUCGAUUUCUAAAUAUAUUUCAACUGUUGGUUAUUUUUGGUUUAUUUUUAUCGUUGAUUAAUGGACAAAAUAAUCGAACUACAUGUUGGUCUUCAACAACAGUAUAUAAAAUCAUACCACUUGAUGAUAAUAAUAAUACUCAUUGGGAAAUAAAUUCUACUGAAAUAGAACUUGUAAAAGAAUGUCAUCUAUCAUUCGUACAAAAAAUUACUAAUAAGACAUGUUCCCAAUUAGCAACUUCAUCUGCGAGACAACCAUCAUUUGCACAAAAAUAUGGUUAUGGAUUUUUAGCUGUUUUUAUCAUAAGUGCUCUUUCAUUAGCUGGUUUUAUAGCAUUUCCAUUAAUGAAAAAACCUUAUUAUAAAUAUUUAAAUGCAUUUUUUACGGCACUUGCUGUUGGAACACUUUUUGCUGAUAGUGCAUUUGAACUAUUUCCUGUUAUUAUUGAAUAUGGUUUAACAUCAUCUCAUAUGCAUCAACAUGGUCGCCUAAAACCAAAUGAACAAUCAAGUGGAAAAUUACAAGUACCUAUUUUCCUUUGGCAAAUGGUUGUUCUCGUUCUUACUGCUUAUGUGUUUUAUGUUAUUGAACUUACUAUACAUGCGUUCAUGCAUGGUCGACAUCAUCAUGCAAAAGAUUCAUAUACUUUUAAUGAUUUUUCAUUACCUGAAAGAAGUGAAUUACCGAGUGAAACAUUAUCAAAACCGAAUGGUAAAAUGUCGAUUAUUUCUACUAAUACUUUACCUAAUUUAACUAUAACGGCUGACGAACGACAAACAAAAAGCAAGAAUAAUUCAAUGAAAACAUCAUUACAAAAAUUCAUUUUUAAAUCUUGUAUAGGUACUGGUUGGAUGAUAAUUAUUGGUGAUGGUAUUCAUAAUAUAGCCGAUGGUCUUGCUAUUGGAGCAGCAUUCUCAGAAAAUAUUAUGUUUGGUGUGACAACGGCAGUUGCUAUUGCAUGUCAUGAAUUACCAACUGAACUUGGUGAAUAUAUGGUUUUGAUUGAAUCGGGUUUUACUUUGCGUCGAGCACUUCUUUUCAAUUUUGUUUCGGCUUGUACAGCUAUUAUUGGCUUUUUCAUUGGAGCUAGUGCCGCUCAAAAUGAAGCUGCUCGUACAUGGAUUUUUGCUAUUACUGCUGGUACAUUUGCAUAUAUUGCUCUGGUUGAUUUAUGGCCAACAUUGAUGCCUCACACAGAUAAAUUUGAUUGGAUUCGAUUUAUUUGUGUUACUUUGGGUUAUUUAUCGGGUGUUUUAAUUAUGUUUAUUUUAACAAUCUUUGAAGAGCAAAUUGUUGCGCCAACAGGAGGAAAUUAA